AUGAGCGAAUCAGAUUGUCCGCCGUCGUUGAAGAAACAAAAAGUGGAUGAGGAAGAGGGAAAAUCCAACGAUUACGAAAGUCUGGAUCCUUUAUCCCCUCUUUCAGAUGAAAGUUGUCCCAACUAUGAUUUAGAAGAAGCAUAUGAAGAUUGUUAUCGCCCCAUCGAUCCCAAUAAUAAAAAGGUGGAUAAAUCUGUUUGGGAUAGGUACUUCCAACAGAUCUGUGAGAGUGAAGGAUUUGACAUUAAAUAUUAUCCCGGUUCGUGUCCACUGACUACCAUAUUCCCCAUGGUAAACUACUUAAAAGCUCCUGCUCGUGUCGAAAAUGAAAUGUUGAAGGGUUAUGCUGCAAAGGCACUUGAGCAGUACAAUAACAAAAAUGGUACUAAAUAUGAGGUCGACCAUAUUCUCAAGGUUAAUGUAUGUCCCGGUCGAUACUGCAUAUUUUAUAUUACCCUUUCGGUCAAGAAUGGCGAGGAGGGAUAUUUUCAAGCUAAGGUGGUGCGGGAUAUAGAUCAAUCUUUGGAUUUUCCAGUCGUUAGGCGUAAUGAUAUCUUCCUUCUUGUUUUCUCUUUAAGUUUCUUAACUUUAAAUAUCUCAUAUUUCUCUUCUUCUAGCUUUGUGUCUAUCUUGGUGACUCAAUUUGACAUAGGAUUCAGUUAA